AUGGACUGGUUCACAUGGCUGUCAAAAACCGGCCUUGAACCCUCCCUCAUCUACGACUACGGCGUCGUCUUUACGCGCAACCAGCUGCAGCUCGACGACGUGAACUACUUCGACCACGAGUUCUUGCAGAGCAUGGGAAUAUCUGUAGCCAAGCAUAGGCUAGAGAUACUCAAGCUUGCCAAGAAAGAAACCAGAUUAGGGCACCCGAAGUCGCUUUCCCGGCUAAGUUGGGCGCUCAUUCGGACCAAGAAGUGCUUCUCCAAGUACUUUAACAAGUUGGUUUUUCAGGAGGAGUCUUUCGACGGUGGGGGUGCAACUCCGGCAACACCAACUCGAUAUCAAGAGCAUUGGAGAGGAGCUUUGUUGAGGAAGCAUAAGAGUUGUAGUGAGGAGGUCAAGGAUGAGAAGCCUAUGGUUGUUAAGACUAGGAGUAUUGCGCUUUCUGGGCCGUUGGAUGGGAGAGUACAGGAGAGAUUGAUGGCUCAUAAUAAUCCAAGCUUGAAGCUAUCUGGACCGUUGGAUGGGAAAGUUCAUGAGAGGUUAAUGUACACAAAUAGGAGCCCAAGGCUGACCGGUCCUUCGUUCGCAAGUUUGAGUCCCAAGUUAUCUGGACCGUUGGAUGGAAGAACGCAUGAGAGGAUCAUGACCCCAAACAAAAGUCCAAGACUUUCUGGGCAGUUGGAUGGGAGAGUUGUGAGCCCAAAGUUUUGCUCUCCUUAUGAGAAGGAAAGGGAGGAUGUUGAUUACGAUGAUCAUUCACUCUGGACUGCACUGUUUCAGGAUCUGAAACCAACUUGA